GCAAGAGAGAAAACUCUCUUACUCACCACGUCUCCAACUUCGAGAGGAAGUUACCACCUCUUCCCCAGACUCUGUACACACACUCUCUCAGGCGGACACACACACACACACACACACGCACACACACGCUCUUCAGGACUUGACCACAGCAACAACAGGGACUCAAGUGAAACAGUCAGGACUGCUUGUGAUACUGUGUUUGGUUCUACAUUUUGAGGGAAAGAAGGCUUUGCCCGAAGCUUUCCUGUGUGGACUGAACCGUUUCAGAGGGACGUUUCUUUUCAUCACAGACCGGUCGGCCAAAUGAACGGUUUAGCCUGACGACCAAAGAUCACCGGCCCUGAUCCAACAGCGAGGGAGAGAGACGCAGAGAAGCGUGAUCAUUUUUGCACCCAUUAUCCAACUUCUUUUACACCAUGAGCUGGAUCUGAGGACGUGCUACAUCGUUUAAUUUCGUGGUGGGAAGAAAUCAAAGUCAAGGUCACCAUGGAUGUGAAGAAAAAAGAAAUGGACCUCCUGAGCAACAGCUUAGCUGCGUAUGCACACAUCAAAGCAAACCCAGAGAGCUUCGGCCUGUACUUUGUGCUCGGAGUGUGUUUCGGCCUGGUGCUGACGCUCUGCCUCCUGGUCAUCCGCAUCUCCUGCAAGCCGCGGACCAACGUCGCCCCCGCCACGCCUGAGAAAAAGCACUUAAAGGACAUCAGCGAGGAGGACGAGGAGAGCGAAGACGACGAAGAUGAAGACGGGGACGAUGUAGAGGCACCUAUCCCUUUGCCCAGCACAGAAAUCCCCGUUGGCAAUCAUACCGGCCAAUCAAAUGGGACGCUGAGUGUGAACGUAUUUACUUCGGCUGAGGAGCUGGAACGGGCACAGCGACUGGAGGAGAGGGAACGAAUCAUACGCGAGAUCUGGAGGAAUGGCCAGCCUGAUAUCCUGGGGUCUGGAACAGGUACUAUCGGAAGAGUGCAUUACUACUAAGAUCCACAAGGCUUCAAGGGGAACUCUGUGAGCUCUGAGGAGGACAGACCUAUAGACCUUUGGGUGGGCCCGAUGUCCCUGAAGCCUGUCAGACUUGUGUUACAAUGCGACAUCAUGGAAGCAGGACAACAGUGAUGAGACACUUUAAUAUGCCAAUACUCUGUGAUAUUGCACUUCCCAUGUAGCAAUGCUAUUUUCAACUGACUACAUGCAAUAUAAACCAAGAAGUGUCUUAAAGACUGACUGAUCCUUAUGGAAAAGAUGCAGUGUGAAUGUGGGAGCUGACAGACACUUGAAGUAUUCAGUCUGUUAAAAUGUAUGGCGCUUAAUGACAAAAAAUGCACACAGCUAGGCUUAUGUAUGUUAGAAGUCGAAAAGUAAAGCAUGUAUUAGGACAAGGUAUGUACUGUAUGUUGCAAUGAUGAUUUUUUUUUAAUAUGCAGUGAGGAUAAUUCUCCUCUAGAUUGGUUAGUUUGUGGGGGAAAGAAAGCGUACAGUCGAGAAGAAAAGGAAGAAAAUUACUUAUCAAUAAAUCAGAUUACGCAAUAUGAUGUAAAGCCAAUUACAAUUGGAGUCUUUAAUUUAUGUACAAUUGGAGUCUUUGAUUUAUAGGUACAUUAAAUCCAUGUCUGUGUUUUCAGGGAUAAUUCCACCAAAGGAAAUGACAGAAUUAAAGUAUUACGCUGAAAUCA